AUGGAUCCAUCUGUUCAAAGGCUUCUGAGCGACAAGCUAUACGAUAAACGGAAACAAGGUGCUUUGGAACUCGAAAAAACCAUACGUGAUUCUCUUGCGAAAGGUGAACCUGGCAAGAUAAAAAGCAUCGUCGACCAGCUGUGUCACGAAUAUGCAUAUGCCGUCCACCAACCUCACACACGAAACGGCGGAUUAAUUGGUCUAGCGGCGGCCUCCAUAGCGCUUGGUACGGAUGAAGUUGCUCCCUUCCUCUACGAAAUCGUUCCUCCCGUCCUUGCCUGUUUUACAGAUCAAGAUGCACGCGUUCGUUACUACGCAUGCGAAAGCAUGUAUAACAUUGCGAAGGUGGCUAAGGGAGAACUGCUACUAUUUUUCAAUGAUAUUUUCGAUGCAUUGUGCAAGCUUGCUUCUGACUCGGAACUGUCAGUGAAGAACGGAGCAGAACUCCUCGAUCGGCUCGUGAAAGACAUAGUUUCUGAAUCAGCAGCCUCAUACGUCUCCAUUUUACAAGCACCCAAGAAAGUUCAUAGUGAAUCAGGGAUAGAUGGGGUUGAUGAGUCGGAGGAAAUCCCAAAUCCACCUACAGCGUUUUCGCUUGCAAAUUUUAUCCCUCUCCUCAAGGAGCGCAUACAUGUCAUCAAUCCAUUCACACGCACCUUUCUAGUUUCAUGGCUAACGCUGUUGGAUACGAUACCCGAUUUGGAGCUUGUGCAUUAUUUGCCCGCCUUUUUAGGAGGCUUGUUCAGGUUUCUCAGUGACCCUAAUAGGGAUGUUCAUACCAUAACUCAAGGUGCUCUGGAAACGUUUCUUAGUGAGAUUAAGAAGAUUGCUUGUAUAAAAAAGGGGAUCGCAUACAGCCGUCGUGACCAGGAAAGCGGGAACAAUAAACAAUCUUCUACAAACUAUAGUAUGAGUGGUAGCUCUAGUACGAGUGAUGCCAAGGACGCCAGUGACAAUGCUAUUGCGGAUUCCGAUCCUGGGGCCGUUAACGAUGAAGAUGUCAAUGUUUACGGGGAUUACGUUCCCGGGCAGGAUGUUCAUGUAGAUCAUCCUAAGAUUCUAGAGAUCCUAGUUGGCUUUGUGGACACAUCCUUUGAGGAGGAAAUCCAGUUAACGGCGCUGCGAUGGAUAGAUAGCUUUUUUGAAAUAAGCCCAGAGGACAUACUUCAGUAUGUCCCCCGGCUUCUCUCAAAAGUGCUACCCGCGCUUUCGAGUGGUUCAAAUCAAGUUCGCGAGGCUGCUAACCGAGUUAAUACGUCACUUAUGCAAUAUAUCGUCUCCCUCACCGAUGAUAGUGGCAUUGAUGAAACUCAGUUAGCUCCACCCUCGAGGUUGCCUACCGCACCAGUUAAGGAGGCGGAUGGCCGAAGGUCAUCAACUCCUACUGGAAAACCACGCUCUGUCUCUAAUGAUGCCAACGCUACAAAGCCACUUCCAUCUCCUCCGAUAUCUAGGGCAGCAUUGGCUCCACGAAGCAAUGGAGAUGCAACACCAAUGCCUUCUCCAGACUUAGAUUAUGCCGCAGCUGUCAAUGCGUUAACUCUCCAGUUUCUCAACGAAAACGAGGCUACAAGAGUUGCAUCGUUGGCUUGGCUUAUUAUGCUUCACAGAAAGGCGCCGAGGAAAGUUCUUGCGUUCCACGACGGAACGUUUCCUGCUCUCCUUAAGACUCUGUCGGAUCCAUCUGAAGCGGUUGUUACACGAGAUCUCCAACUUCUCUCUCAGAUCUCGAGAAAUAGCGAAGAUAGCUAUUUCACGUCGUUUAUGGUGAACUUACUUCAGCUCUUUUCCACCGAUCGAAAACUUCUCGAAAUACGUGGCAACCUUAUUAUCAGACAGCUCUGUGUUAAUCUAAGCCCUGAACGGAUUUACAGAACGUUGGCGGAUUGUCUCGAAAAGGAGGAGGACAUUGAAUUUGCUAGUAUUAUGGUGCAGAAUUUGAAUAAUAACCUUAUUACUGCUCCUGAACUUGCAGAUAUGAGAAAGAGAUUGCGAAACCUUGAAUCUAAGGAUGGUCAAAUGUUUUUCGUAGCCUUGUUUAGAUCAUGGUGUCACAAUGCCGUUGCUACCUUUUCUCUGUGCCUCCUGGCCCAAGCAUACGAACAAGCAUAUAAUCUUCUGCAAAUUUUCGCGGAGUUAGAAAUGACUGUCAAUAUGUUGAUCCAAAUCGACAAACUUGUUCAGUUACUAGAAUCGCCAGUUUUCACCUGUUAG